CCACUGUCACUGUCAUUCAAUCAGUGGUUGAUAUUUCCGUUUCAUUUUCAUUGAAAUGAAAUGGAUUAAUAAGUUUUCUUUACCAAAACCUUUAUCCAUUUUAGUGUUCACAAAAUGCAUGUUUUAUUUAUUUAAUCGAGUAUAACUGCGAAGUAAAUAAGUGAGAGGUAUUUCAAUAUUAGCAAGUGCAAAAUAAUUUUGAUUUGUAAAUUGAUUAUGACCGAAACAGAAAGUGUUGACCCACAAUUGCAAGAUUUCAUCCUAGCCGAAACGCAAAAACAACGUUUUCAGGUUCUGGUUCAUGGUCUGACUGACACAUGUUGGGACACUUGCAUGGGACGUCCAUCCAAUCGGCUGGACUCAAAAACUGAAGUGUGCAUCAUGAACUGUGUGGAAAGAUUUAUUGACGCUACCACAUUCAUUACUAAACGUCUUAUGAACACUACCAAAUACAGAUCAGAUUCACCUCUUGAGUUCCAGUAACCUGAAAACUCUAUACCAAAAAAAUACAUAAUGUUUUCAAGUGUAAGAAACUUUCUGCACAGACAUCGAAGGAAGUUCAUUAUCACCGGUGCAGUGUUUGGUGGACUGUACUUACUAACAAGCUAUGCUCAAAAGAAACUCAGAGAAUGGCAAGAAAAAGAAGCCAAAAAGUUUUUUGAAAUGACCAGGAAAAAGCAACACUUUGAAAGUACUGAGCGCACUUGCAACCAGACUAUCCUGUCGCUAUCGAAAAUUGUGUCAGAGAGUAUUUUGAAAGUUUUGAAUACUGAAGAAAUUGUUCAAAAAUUGCAGGAAAAUCCAGAUAAUAAACUGGCACUAUGGGAACAAUUAAAGAUAAUGAUCUUUACGAGAAUCUGUGUUCUAGUGUAUGCUCUCUGUAUAUUGCAAGUGACACUGAGAGUGCAGCUGAACGUGAUAGGAGGUUACCUCUACAGGGACUCAGUGCAUGAAGAGGAAUUGCUUGUAGACAGCGAGCUACAAGCCAAGUAUUUGUCUCUUUGUCAUCAUUUUGUGGGUGAAGGAGUAGAGGAUUUGAUCAAACAAAUUGAAAAGGCUGUCAAGAAAGUUGUUGAACCUGUUUCCUUGAAAAAGAAGAUUACUCUUCAGGAAGUGGAGCAGAUGUUUUGGUCUAUACAAACAAUAUUGUGCACUGACACAGCUGAGGGUGAUCCAGUCAAGAAAAUGGUCCACUACCUAGUUGGUCACAUUGAAACAAAUGAAGCAAGACUAGAUACCAUAGUGACAGAGACUAUAGAUAUUUUAGAGAGCGAUGAAGUGACAUCUGUUGCUAUGUCAUCAGUCAGCAGGAGCUUCUCUGCUGUAAUUGAUGAAGUAGCAAAUUUGUUUGCAACAAAGUCUACUCCAAUGACUAAAAAUGACUUGGAGAUAAAUGAGCAUGUUGUGACUAAUGGAGCUUUAAAAUUAGGAGGUUCACUGGAACCAUUUGUAGACAUAAAUAAGGUGGAGUUGCAUUUUGUUAAGCUGCUACCUGUAAUGAAUGAACUCAUCACCAAGAACACCUGCAAGGGCAAUACUAACAUUCCAGAUUUGUUGACUCAACAGUUAACUCUCAAUGACAAAUUGAAACUCCUCGGAGCAAACAUCUAUGAAGUAUUUAGUAGUGCAUAGUAAUAAUAUGUCAAUACAAUAUUGAUUCAAUGAUUUACAAAGAAUAAUGAUUGACCAUACCAUUGAUAAAAUUGAUGUUGGUCAAUUUUAUUGAUCCCAUAUAGAUACCUAGUCUUGCUAAUCACCAAUUACACUAAGAAAUUAAAUAAAGUGUAUAUUAAGGUUAUUGAAUGCCAAUGGCAAUAAAGGUUAAAUCAUCAAUUUUUUGUUGAUCAUUGAAAUGUCCAUUGUUGCAGUAAUUAUAGAAUUAGUUUGAAAUUGUUUUUAUAAUUUUGUGGUGAAAUGUUUAAAGCUUAUCUGAAAAAAUGUACCCAAUAAUUAAUUGUUUUAUAUUAAAUAAUAAAUUUGUUUAUGCAAAAAUAGUGCAGUCACUAGUUGCACAUAAUUGUCUCAAGAAUUAAACCCUUGACUGUAAGAAAGGUGUUAAGUUCUUUUAUAUUUUUAUUCUGCAUUUUCGGGGAAAUUAAUAAAUGUUCAAUUGUA